CGUAAGCACCAGAGUCGCUUGUUGCCUCCAGUCUAGAGGAGAGAUCUCCCAGCGAAGUAAACAAGGAAAGGUGCUCUCUUACUUGAGAACGUAGGUGUACGCUGAUACUAGCGUCUGCGCAUCAGAGAUUAGAUCCAGAGCCGAGCCCCAGGUGAACUGGCUGGAUGGGUGACGCUAAGCCAAUCAGAGAUCUUGACGACAGAGCUCAACCAAUCAGAACACGGGCAGCUUGGCGCACUCGGGGGCGGGCCUGGGCGGAUGAGGCUCCGCCCCCUUGCAGCUUGGUGGCCAACGCCUUCGCUUAGGGCUAGCCAGAGCUGAGCAGUUUCAGUGACUACAAGGACCAGGCAUCUUAAGAGCUGCGGGGCGGUGCCCUCUAACCCUUGCUAAUUUCCCUACAGGCCUUGGCCAACAGGUGUUGGUGCCUGCCGUGAACGCGUUUAGACCCCGGCCGUAUCUCUCUCUGGAGACUUUGUGCCUAUGCUUGGGGACAGAGCGAGGUCGUUGCCUUGACGACGACAGCAUGCGGCCCGCGGUCCUCUUGAGUGUGAGCUUGCGGCGGGUUGAGGCCAAUCAGCCUACCUGCCUGCUUCACCUGAAACCCGUGACUGUGUCCGCGGAAGAAAUAAAGACAGCAGUGGAAUUGCUAGUUUGCUAGUCAGCAUCUUUUAGACCUGCGAAGGAGAUGCUCUUCACCUCAAUUUUGUCUCCAAGUUGAAAACCUUUGGACUUUCCACGCGGAAAGCUUUAAAAGAAACAAGAGAAAAAUUCGUAGUGGUUUUGAAUUAAAAUGGAAAAAUAUGAGAACCUAGGAUUGGUUGGAGAAGGGAGCUAUGGAAUGGUGAUGAAGUGUAGGAAUAAAGAUAGUGGAAGAAUUGUGGCCAUCAAGAAGUUCUUAGAAAGUGAUGAUGACAAAAUGGUUAAAAAAAUUGCCAUGAGAGAAAUCAAGUUACUAAAGCAACUAAGGCAUGAAAAUCUGGUGAAUUUGUUGGAAGUGUGUAAGAAAAAAAAGCGAUGGUACCUCGUCUUUGAGUUUGUUGACCAUACGGUUCUUGAUGACUUGGAGCUCUCUCCAAAUGGACUAGACUACCAACUAGUUCAAAAGUAUUUGUUUCAGGUUAUCAGUGGGAUUGGAUUUUGUCACAGUCACAAUAUUAUACACAGAGAUAUUAAGCCAGAGAACAUAUUAGUCUCCCAGUCGGGCGUUGUCAAGCUGUGUGAUUUCGGAUUUGCACGGACGCUGGCAGCUCCCGGGGAGGUGUACACUGAUUACGUGGCCACGCGGUGGUACAGAGCGCCAGAGCUGCUGGUUGGUGACGUCAAGUAUGGCAAGGCUGUUGAUGUGUGGGCCAUUGGCUGUCUGGUAACUGAAAUGCUCAUGGGGGAGCCCCUCUUUCCUGGAGAUUCUGAUAUUGAUCAGUUAUAUCAUAUUAUGGUGUGUUUAGGUAAUCUAAUUCCAAGACACCAGGAGCUGUUUUAUAAAAAUCCUGUGUUUGCUGGAGUAAGGUUGCCUGAAAUCAAAGAAACGGUGCCUCUUGAAAGACGCUAUCCCAGACUCUCUGAAGUUGUGAUUGAUUUAGCAAAGAAAUGCUUACAUAUUGACCCAGACAAAAGGCCCUUCUGUGCGGAGCUCCUGCACCACGAUUUCUUCCAUAUGGAUGGAUUUGCUGAGAGGUUUCCUCAGGAACUGCAGUUAAAAGUACAGAAAGAUGCCAGAAACAUUUCUUUAUCUAAAAAAUCUCAAAUCAGAAAGAAGGAAAAGGAAAAGGAUGAGUCCUUGGGUGAAGAGAGAAAAACACUUGUGGUGCAGGAUACCAAUGCCGAUCCCCAAAUUAAGGAUUCUAAAGUAUUUAAAACAAAAGGACCAAAAACAGAUGGAGAAAAAGUGGAAAAAGCGAGUCGAGCUUCAAAUGCCAGCUGUCUCAAUGACAAUGGGAUGAGCCCCGUCAAAAUAGUGCCUUCAACGAGCCUCCGAGAUGGCAGCAAUGGCAGCGUGGACCAAACAAGAAAUCCAGGCAUGGCGAUUCCCCCACUCACACACAAUCUUUCUGCAACAGCUCCCACUGUUACUUCUGGAAUGGGAACUAUCUCAGGAAUUCAGAGUUACAGAGUGGAUGAGAAAACCAAGAAGUAUUGUAUUCCAUUUGUUAAACCAAAUAAACAUUCUCCACCAGGAGCUUAUAAUAUUAAUGUGACCACAUUGGUUGCUAGUGAAAAGAGCCUACUUCAGGCAAAUAAGAAAAGAAGGGAAUACUCAAAGACAGAUGUCCGUUUGCCUGAACUAAAUUAUAAUCAUCUCCCUGAACUAAAAGCCCUGGAAGGCAUCGCUCGGAAUUCCAGGCUAAUAAAGAAAGAGAACAAAAAUCUUUCAGAAUCUCGAAUUCCGUCUCUGGCCACAAUUGACUUGCACACCCCCAGUAUCGCCUUACAGCAGGUGUCAAAGUCUCCCCUGUCAGACGAUUCAGAGGCUGAUUUGCCUCCCGUGGAACACCAGCACUGAGUGUCCUGUCGGUUCUGAAAUGGAUGCUUCUGUGGUACCUGAGACGACAUUCUUGUGCAACAGAAUUCUAGAAGCAGAGAUUCAUGGCUUUGAGCAUUGACUUCUGAACUGCCUGUGUUUUCUGAGAAAGGCCUUGCAGCAGAAGAAAAGACAUCAUCCAUGUGUUUCACAGGAAGAUUGAAAAACUGUUAUCCCCUCACCUUUCAAGUCCGUUGAUGCUAUUUCAAGAUAUAUCAAAUGAAAGAAUAGUGAUAGGGUUCUUGUUCUAUGAAUGUGUAUUUACUAUUAGUAGAUUGUGUAUUUAAAGUGAGUAAAAAAAAGAGAGAGAGAGAAGCAUUUAAAAGGUUUUGUUAUUUAUGCAUUGAAUCUUGUGUGUUAUCUGUAUAAAUGUGUACAUUUAUUUGGAAGUGAGUUCAGUGGAGGUAGAUGAUCGAAACUAGGAUCAAUUGAAGAAAAUGAAAAAAAAAAAAAGGAUCAAAAAGAGAAAAUGUUUCCUUUACCCAAACUUAAUUAUAAAACACAUUUAAAAAUCUUGCUUGUUUCUAUGCUUUAAGGAGAAAAGUAACUACUCUCUAUGGAUAGAAGUGUAUCUUUGGUUUCUGUGAUUAUUGUUAAUGUUUGAUCAGUGUUAUUGUGGGAAUUUGGCCUCUCUGCUGAUCUUCUAAGAACCACAGUAAAGCAAAUUUUGCAAAGAAACCUUUAUUUCUAAUAACUUCGUGUGGUUCUGGCAUUGGAUAGUCCUCUGUUUUAUAAGAUUCUAGUGCUCAUGUUCCUGUGUGUAGGAAUGUGAUUGAAAUGAGUGGUGCAGAAGAAUUUUGUUAAAUUUACCCUGGAGCUGAAUGCUGUGCUUCUCAUUUGAAAAAAAAAGAGGUAACCAUACAGAGUUUGAGGGCUGAAACUGCGUUAUACCAGUCGACUUAGGCUGAUUACUCUUUUCUGGGCCAGUGUCUAUGAAACUCUCCAGUUGGAAAUGCUUUAGGGAGGGAAUGUCCACUGUUAGGACUUCACUCUUGUCCCACUGAUAGUUUGAAGGUGACAUUAGACAGAACCUAGAGAUGUUCCUCUCUCCUUGGUUCCUCAAACACUUAGGCCUUCCCCAAAACUUUUUGUCAAGGUUCAAGAUCAUUUAUCAUCAGCCCCUACAUCUUUACUAGCAGAGUGGUCCAAACUUUUGUGUGGUAAUGUUAAACCAAUUGGACCGCAGGAUUUUGGUUUCUGGGUUGUAAGUCAUGCUCCGCAUUUAGAGAAUAGUUGUUAAGGGGACCAGAAUUUGUGUGGACAUUUCUUUUGGCUUAACCAAUGUUAACAACAUGUUGUUUUUUUCCAGAAGGCAUUGGCUAGAACUUAACUCCCAAAUUUAACUAGCACUUUUCUCUGGGAGCUUAAUAUUGAAAUUCUGACCUUAGAUACUUGGGCUUCAAAAGAGUAGGACAUUCCAGAGGAGGCAAAAUAAGAGGCUCCAAUGUGGAGUCUAUCGGUGGUUCAACUAAAAUUUGGUCUUGAUUCUGAAAUUCUAUCCUUAACCUCUGACCAGGUAUUUGACUAGAUUGUUAUGGCUAACAUGCUGAACAGAAUUUGUGUGUAAGUGCUAAUCGGCUUCACAUUAAAAUAUUAUUUUAUUUUUACUUUGAAAAAUGCUGCCAAGAGACUCUACAGCAUGGAAAACAGAUGUUACUUAAAAAGCGAAGUGUUUCUCUAGUUUAUUUCUAUGUUGUUUUAAUUUUUAGAUCAGUGUGAAAAUAUCAUCUCAGUGUCUAAGGAUCUAAGAUCAAUAACCUUCUCAUUUCUAUAUUUGCUUUUGGGCAUUUUUUUGUUUAUUAAAACAUAUUGUGAACUUCAGAGUUAAGGAGCUAAUAAUGAUUUACUGUAAGUCCAGGUUAAGACUUGAGGAUCUUAUCUGUUUAGAACUUGCAGAACUACUUGAAAAAGAUUUUACAGAUUGGGGCCAUAGAUACUGAACCAAAAUAAUCCCUCUUUUCAGUUUGAGGUUACUUUAACUUUUUCUCACCUAUAAGGAUAUGAUUAAGCCACUUACUAAUAGAAAAUGUAUGUAUGUACUGGUGGGGGAAAUGGGCUUGCUGUGUGUAUGUAUGUUUUAAAAUUAAUAAAUAUUAUAUCUUACUGAGCUCCAUAUA